UCGCAGGAGUUCGGAUCACAAAUUUUCAGCUAUCCCUCAUUGAUUGCAAGAAUGGAACUCCGUUGCUUACUGUUCUCCAUUUCUGUUCUUUUCGCUGUGUAAUAAUCAACAUUAGUCUGUGGGCAAGUGUUUGUAUAUAUAUAUAUAUAUAUAUAACAACAACAACCACCCUUUAUCCUACUAGGUGGGAUCGGCUACAUGGAUCAACUUCCGUCAUAAUGUUCUAUCAACUUGGUCUUGCAAGAGAAAGCCAUGCCCAAUCAUCAAUACCAGACGAAGAUUUUUGGCAUGCUGUUUGGCCAAACACUUCCAUUCCCAGUGCAUUGCGAGAGCUUCUAAAGCAUGGCCGUGAAGGUGUUGAAAUUGAUAAUCUCCCCAUGCAAAUUGAUGAUACGCAGUACCCAAAAACCUUCUUCUAUGAACAAGACCUUCAUCCUGGCAAAACAAUGAAUGUACAAUUCAGCAAAAGUCCCUUUACACAACCUUUUACAAUAUUGACAUGGUUAAAGGGCUUGAAAAUUAAAGACAUUGAUAAAGAAGGAUAUACUUUUGAUGAGCUAUGCAUCAAGACAAAACCUAAUGGAGCAGAGCACAAGUUUUGUGCAAAAUCCUUGGAAACAUUAAUCGGUUUUGCAAUUUCAAAGCUGGGAAAGAACAUUCAAGUACUUUCAAGUUCCUUUGUGAAUAAGCAAGAGCUAUACAAAGUGGAAGGAGUGCAAAAUCUUGGAGACAAAGCAGUGAUGUGUCAUAGGCUCAAUUUCAGAACGGUGGCAUUUUAUUGCCAUGAAGUUCGUGGAACAACAGCUUUCAUGGUUCCAUUGGUUGCUGGCGAUGGAACCAAAACUCAGGCACUUGCUGUUUGUCACUCAGAUACUUCUGGCAUGAAUCGUCACAUUCUUCAUCAAACUAUGGGAGUUGAUCCUGGAACUAACACUGUUUGUCAUUUCCUUGGAAGCAAGGCCAUUUUAUGGGUACCAAAUUUAGCUAUGGACACUGCCUAUCAGACUAACAUUGUUGUUUAGUCAAUUCAUCUUGAGAAUGAGAUUGUGUACGCAGUAAAAAAUAAAUUAUUAUGUGCUGUGUGUUCUGCAAGUACCUAGCUAUGUGCACUCUUAAGAUUUGUUUCCCUAUAGAAGCAUCAUCCUGUGAUCAGUGUGCUUUGAUGAUGCUAAUUUGAUGCAAUAAAUAUGCAGUGUGUUUGUUGGUAUUCUAA